GCGGCGGCGGCGGCGGCGGGGCCCGGGGCGGCCGGUGGGGCCGGGGGGGACCGCAGCGAGGCCGCCGCCGCCGCCGCCGCUAUGGAAGCGUUGGGACCCGGGCCCCCAGCAAGUCUUUUCCAGCCCCCCCGUCGCCCAGGCCUGGGCACUGUUGGGAAGCCCAUCCGCCUCCUAGCCAACCAUUUUCAGGUUCAGAUCCCUAAGAUCGACGUUUAUCACUAUGAUGUGGAUAUCAAACCAGAAAAACGACCCCGAAGAGUGAACAGAGAAGUGGUGGAUACUAUGGUGAGACACUUCAAGAUGCAGAUAUUUGGUGACCGGCAGCCUGGAUACGACGGGAAGCGGAACAUGUACACUGCACACCCGUUACCCAUCGGCAGGGACAGAGUGGAUAUGGAGGUGACGCUUCCAGGAGAGGGGAAGGACCAGACUUUUAAGGUGUCCAUUCAGUGGGUGUCAGUCGUCAGCCUUCAGUUGCUGUUGGAAGCUCUGGCAGGGCAUCUGAAUGAAGUUCCUGAAGAUUCUGUACAGGCCCUUGAUGUGAUUACACGGCACCUUCCCUCCAUGAGGUAUACUCCUGUGGGUCGCUCCUUUUUUUCCCCCCCUGAAGGCUAUUACCACCCUCUGGGUGGUGGCAGGGAGGUCUGGUUUGGUUUCCACCAGUCUGUGAGGCCUGCCAUGUGGAACAUGAUGCUCAACAUUGAUGUAUCAGCAACUGCUUUCUAUCGUGCUCAGCCUAUCAUUGAGUUCAUGUGUGAGGUCUUGGACAUUCAGAACAUCAAUGAACAAACCAAGCCUCUGACAGACUCCCAGCGUGUCAAGUUUACCAAAGAAAUCAGAGGUCUAAAAGUAGAGGUUACUCACUGUGGCCAGAUGAAAAGAAAAUACCGAGUUUGCAACGUUACUCGUCGACCAGCCAGUCAUCAGACGUUUCCUCUGCAGUUGGAAAAUGGACAGGCUAUGGAGUGUACAGUAGCUCAGUAUUUCAAGCAGAAGUACAGCCUGCAGCUGAAAUAUCCUCAUCUUCCCUGUCUCCAAGUAGGACAGGAGCAGAAACACACAUACUUGCCUCUUGAGGUGUGUAACAUAGUGGCAGGUCAGAGGUGUAUCAAGAAGUUAACAGACAAUCAGACAUCAACGAUGAUAAAAGCAACUGCAAGAUCUGCACCGGACCGACAGGAAGAAAUCAGCAGACUGGUGAAAAGUAACAGUAUGGUUGGUGGACCUGAUCCAUAUCUGAAGGAGUUUGGUAUUGUUGUCCAUAAUGAAAUGACAGAGUUGACAGGCAGAGUUUUGCCAGCGCCAAUGCUGCAAUAUGGAGGCAGGAACAAGACUGUGGCCACACCAAACCAAGGUGUGUGGGACAUGAGAGGGAAACAGUUCUAUGCUGGCAUUGAGAUUAAAGUUUGGGCUGUUGCCUGUUUUGCUCCUCAAAAACAAUGCAGGGAAGACUUACUAAAGAGUUUUACAGACCAGCUGCGUAAGAUCUCCAAGGAUGCAGGGAUGCCGAUCCAAGGCCAGCCCUGCUUCUGUAAAUACGCCCAGGGUGCAGACAGUGUGGAGCCCAUGUUUAAACACUUAAAACUGACUUAUGUUGGUCUGCAGCUGAUUGUGGUGAUUCUACCCGGAAAGACACCUGUGUAUGCUGAAGUAAAGCGAGUUGGUGACACUCUUCUUGGCAUGGCCACUCAGUGUGUUCAGGUAAAGAAUGUGGUGAAAACCUCACCCCAAACGCUGUCCAACCUGUGUCUGAAAAUAAAUGCAAAGCUUGGAGGAAUCAACAAUGUGCUCGUACCUCAUCAAAGGCCCUCAGUGUUCCAGCAGCCAGUGAUCUUUUUGGGAGCAGAUGUCACUCACCCUCCUGCUGGGGAUGGAAAGAAGCCUUCCAUAGCUGCUGUGGUUGGCAGCAUGGAUGGCCAUCCCAGCCGUUACUGCGCCACAGUGCGAGUGCAGACCUCCCGACAGGAGACAUCCCAGGAGCUGCUGUACAGUCAGGAGGUGAUACAGGACCUGACAAACAUGGUGCGAGAACUGCUGAUACAGUUUUACAAAUCCACACGUUUCAAGCCUACGAGAAUCAUUUACUACAGAGGAGGAGUUUCAGAAGGGCAGAUGAAGCAGGUAGCUUGGCCAGAACUUAUAGCAAUCCGAAAGGCCUGUAUUAGUUUGGAAGAGGACUACAGACCAGGAAUAACCUACAUUGUUGUGCAGAAAAGACAUCACACCAGGCUGUUCUGUGCUGACAAAACUGAAAGGGUGGGUAAGAGUGGCAACGUACCAGCGGGCACUACUGUAGACAGCACCAUCACGCAUCCUUCUGAAUUUGACUUUUACCUCUGUAGCCACGCAGGAAUUCAGGGAACCAGCCGGCCCUCCCACUACCAGGUCCUGUGGGAUGACAACUGUUUCACUGCAGAUGAGCUACAGCUGCUGACCUAUCAGCUGUGUCACACGUAUGUGAGGUGUACGCGAUCAGUCUCUAUUCCAGCACCUGCAUACUAUGCCAGACUGGUAGCAUUUAGGGCUAGAUACCAUCUUGUGGACAAGGAUCACGACAGUGCUGAAGGCAGCCACGUGUCAGGACAGAGCAAUGGCCGUGAUCCUCAGGCUCUGGCAAAGGCAGUGCAGAUCCACCACGAUACUCAGCAUACAAUGUAUUUUGCUUGAGAGCAUCUGGGAAGAUGAGGCAAAGCCAACGACUCAUUCAGUCCUGACAUGUUUUCAAUGCCUACUGCUAUAGCUAGGGCCCGGUUUCUUUCAGACUGCCCACUACCAGCAGCUCUGAACAGUCGCACUGAAUCCGUACUUCAAACAAUGUCUGAUGCACCGACACAAUUGAGCCAUUCGUUUCGUUGUUUUACGUAAUAGAAAUUCAUAGACUGUCUUUUCUGACGCAUUGGACUGAAUUUUUACCUCAAAGCGCAAAAGGCCGACCAUCCUGAUGUUUUUAAAGGACUUGGCACGAAAGGUUUCUAUCGAAUAUUUUGCUAGCUCUGGUCUUUAGGUUCCCUUCUCCUCCCAUUAGUUGAUGGUGACGGCUGAUUCUCCGUCCUCAUGCGCUGCUUAGUAUGCGUAGUAUGGCGAAACUCCUCCUGUUCAAUGUAAUUGUUCUCUCGUGUGGGGCCAUAGAUUUUUUUAAUGGAGAUUUUAGACUUCACUACUGUAAAUGCCUUUUAACGGACGUUCACUUUCACAGGUCUUGCAGUUUUUGUCGGUUUUACUAACGACCUUUUUAACCUGCAGACUCGGGCUGCAAAGCAAUUGCACUAUUCUGCGAGUUCAGAUCGGUGGUUCCUGCUCUGUGAAUGUGUAACAUACCCAGGUAGGUGUGGGGAUGCCUGUCAGUAGGUUUUAAUUGUAACAGAUAAUACUGCCGUGGUAUCAUAACAUCAUUUUCCCCCCUCUGAAAAACAAAAAGGACUUUAAAAAAAAAAAAAAAAAAAGGAAAAAAAGAAAAAAAUAUAUACAAAAAAAAAAGGAAAAAAAAUUAGCUUUUAGGUAUUUUGCAGACUUUUACAAAAGUGCCCACUUGAUGCUGCUGUGUGGUUUGAUAAAUCGAAGUGAUUUUAACACUUUUUUCUCAUAGGAGGUUUAACUUUGGCAAUAAAUAUUUGUUUUCUAAGCCCCCCCCCUACCAGUGUAAUUUUCUAGCUGAGGAUUGUGCAUGAGUGACCCCAAAUGUUCUCGUGUCGUUUUCUGAGCACACAAUUUGGCAGAUUCUGAAACCUAAUUAGAAAAGACUCACUUUCCGUGCUCUUUUUUUUUUGUUUUUAAAGAGUUCUUUUUAACUGUUUUCUAUUCACUGUUGGUGUCCCGUCUGCAGCUUUUUGUAUAGGUUUGGAACUGGGUGUUACGUGUAGGAAAGGCUUGCCAACCUGUACAGUGUAAUGUAUUGUGUGACAGGCAACCUAAGGACUCGUACCAGCAUUUUCAACUUCUUCCCCUGGGAAUCCGGGUUGCACACACAACUGCAUUCAACAGCAUGAUUAAUCAAUGUAAGUCUAAUUAUACCGAUUCUGUCCCAGCCUAUAGAAAUUAGGGUUUUAAAAUCUGCUUGGCUUUUCUCAGCUGCAGUGUGUAAUAAGGAAGAGGGGCUUGGUUUUACCUUUGGGAUCCAUAAAGGUAGAGCACGAAGAGUAGAUUCCUCUUCGGUGUUAGCGUUAAUUAGAUUAAAAGUGUGUUCCUGACCUGAGUAGAGCUCACACCACUACUUGCAUAGCACGUUUGAGAAGCCCAACAAUUGCACUGUGGUCUCUGAUGCUCGUGUGGGGUUUGCUGCUAAGUCGUCUGCUGUUCCAAAGCUGAGGAACCAGCCCCCUCAAAACUUCAGCAAUAGGAAAUGCUGUUUCCUUCGGUCUUUUAAGCUUGUAAAUAAAUGGAAGUUUACAUUUCUAAAUGCUGGUUGUACUUCAGUCGUACCAGAGUACACUGAGCGUAGUCUUCAAAUGGUUUUGUAACCUUCUGUCAAAUAGGUUGUCUCAUGAAAUUAAGUUUAAACUGUUGUUUUUUUUUUAUCCUGUUCAAAUGGGACUGAAGCAAACUCUGCUCCUGGCACAUGUAGUAGAUGAGCUUAGGUUGGAAAAAGAUGCUUUUUUGUUUUUUCUUUAUUGUUUUUAUUUUGAAAGAAUACCUCACUUGUGUAAUAAAAUCAGGACAUGUGGGUGGGAAACUGAUGGCUGCUUUCUCAGUACUCGUUCAGGGAGAAUACCAAAAUCAACCCCUUUAUUUGGAAUGAACUCUGACCGACCCGACACACGUGGAGAACUUUGGCACCUUGAAAAGAAGCUGAGCACCCUUUUUUGAGUUCUAGGAUCAAAGAUGGCUGUUUGAGUUUGUGCACUAGGCAGGAACGGGGCUGGUUUCAUAGGGGGGGGGUGCAUAAGAAGUAUUGAGUUUUAUCACCAGGUAGUUUGUUGUCCAGUGCCAAGCACUCCUAGUUCAGAUUGAGUGAAGUGAGAGCCUCUCUUCUGUGUGACUGGGCUGAGUAUUUGAGCUCAGACUGCUCAAUAUAAAUCAUAUAUUGAGACAAUAUGGGUUGUUAUAGGUGCCCAAGGUCGUGGAUGGGGCCCUGGGCAGCCAACCCAUAGCAGGGGGGAGGGCUGGGGGGGUUCCCAUCCAACCCAGCCAUUGUGUGAUGCUAUGUUAACCUUGCUUUGGGAAGCACAGCAAAAACCUGAACUCAAUCAGGUGUUAAAACACCACUGCAAACAAGAAAAGAGAAUAGGAUAAUAGUGCAGGGAGCGUUGACGUUCAGGACUGUUGCUUGGUGAUAACUAUAAGAUCAAGGUUUUGGUAAUACUGUCCUAUGCAGGUCUGAAAGCUGAGUCUGGAGGUUGGGCUUGGUGAUCUGAAUUGUGAUGCAUGUGUCAAUCAAUGGGAAGAUGUGCAUUCUGUAGAUGUAGUUUUUAAGGUGUUUUCGUUUCGUUUUUGUUCUUUUUUUUUAUAUAUAUAUAUAAAUAAAGCCUGUUGGCCACUGUUUA